CAUCGUAUUGUCAUUAGUGUACUUUAGUGUAUAUAAGAGAAUACUUUUAAUGUAUAUUAUCACAUUUUUCUGUAAACAAUCCCCAAAUCAAGUUAUGAUUUAUGAAUACAAUUUUACAAAUUUAUACGUCGUGUGUUAAACAAAAGUUUAUAUGUCAUAACUAAAUAUCAAUUAUUAACAAAUAAGAAAACAUAAUUAUAUAAAAAUGAAUACGUGUGUCAAAAAAUAUAAGUUCGAAGCUAUAUUGGGCAGGGGAAUGUUUGGAACUGUUCAUCUAGUUAGAAGAACAGAGGACUUGAAACCAUUUGUUAUAAAGGAACAGAAUCUAAGUAUAAAAAAUAAUAUAUCAUCUAAAAUGGCCUUGAAAGAAGUGCAAUAUUUGCAGAAAAUGAGACAUCCAAACAUUGUUGCUUAUCAUGCAGCUUGGAUUGAGAAUAAUAAAAGUUACAUUCUUAUGGAAUAUGCAACUCAUAGUACAUUGAAAGAAUUAUUGGAAAAACGCGAUGUACCGCUUAUGGAAGAGAAUGCUUUGUAUUUGUUCUCACAAAUUACUCUUGGAGUCCAUCAUAUACAUACCAAGAAAAUUCUUCAUAGAGAUUUGAAACCUGAGAAUAUUUUGUUGACUGGACGUAAAGGAGACAUUGUUAAAAUUAGUGACUUUGGUGUUUCUAAAGAUAUACAUGAGGAAUCCAUGUGUUGCGCUGGAUCUUACUGCUACAUGGCUCCAGAAAUGCUUUCGAAUCAACCGUACGACUUAAAAUCGGAUGUAUGGAGUAUGGGUGUUAUUCUUUACGAAUUGGUGACAAAGCAGCUACCAUUUUCUGCAUCUGAUCUAGCUGAGAUCACAAGAAUGGUGUGCUAUGAAAAACCAAAACCAUUUGAUAAGAAUAUUUCAAUUUCGACAAUACGAUUGAUAUCAAAAAUGUUAAGGAAACAAGUGACCUAUCGUCCGAGAACCGAUCAAUUGUUACUUUGUCCUUACUUAGUUCCAUUCGUCGCUCGAGUUCACUUAAAUCUCGGCAGAAUUCAAAAGUUUUCUUUUCAGAAUAAAGAAAAUGUUAACCUUCGAUUUUUUCAAUAUUUUAUAAAAUCUUAAAGUAGAUACAUACUCGUCCAUAUUUUUUAUCAAUUAAAACUUUUUUUUUAUAUAUAUACAAAAUGACAUUUUACAUAUAGAUUAAAUUUAUUUAUGUGACUCUGCAAAUAAAAAAAUCGGAUCAUAUUGUAUAGAUUUACCUUUUUAUUUUAAUGUAAUUUGAUUUCUCUAUAUAAAAAAAAAAAAAAAAAAAAAAAGACAACAGCUUUUACUAUUUAACAAACAAAUUUGUAAGCUUUUUAUUUUUUUAUUUUUGAUUUACCUAGUGAACUGUGCAAUACCAGAGUUAAGUAUUUUUCUUUAAUAUUUAUCUAUGUAUGUCUUUAAAAACGAAUUUUACAGUUAUGGUCACAGAUGGUUAAUUUUUGUACGAUUGUGAAAUGUCGCUAGAACAUGAAAGGCAUUUUAUUGUUCACCGAAUGACUGUUAAGUUCGGACAAAGUAUUAAAGGGAGAAGAGUAACAACAACCGGAAAUAAAGGCCGGAACUGUGGAGAGUUAAUUUCAUUUGAUCCUGUCCGCGUCAGGGAGCGAGUUUUUCAAUGCUAUUCAGUUCACACCUUGCCAUUUAGAAUUACCGUGCUCAUCACGAAUUAGUCUUACCUUUGCAAAAAAAUAAAACUCAAAUUUUGUGUGGCAUAAAAAUAGAAACAAAUUUAUUUUAACACACAAUUAUUUAUCGAAUAUUAAAAAAAACCUCUAUCAAAAUGUUUGUAUUAAACUAUUGAACGACUGUGUUAUAAAAAAA